AGAAGCAGGAGCCAUAAUAAAACAUAGCUUACAGGACCAGGGUAAAAAUUUCACAAAUGUCCCAGUUUUAGGUCGUUAAUCUCGCUUUAACACAUACAGACAGACAUUUUCCGUGAAGGGAGUCCAAAAUAAAACCACACGGAGGAAAUCCAGCUGCCAUGUUGUGUUUUUGACACAGACAUUGGCUUUUUUCGUGGUUGUGACGCGCAGACGCUAGAAGCCAGCUAGCUGCACCGUUAGCUUGUUUACACUCUUUUCCCUGUUUAAUGUCACUGGUCUCCGGCUCCGCGUGCAGACAUGGAGAGUUUGUACAAGCGGAAAAUGUUCGCGUCGAUGCGGAAAACCAAGGUGGCUGCAUCGAAGAAGCGGCAGAUCGGCCUGCCCGCCUCCAUACUGGACGACAGUGACGAAGGCUCCUUCUCCUCCUCCUCCUCCGGAUCCCAGUCCGACUUCCAGAGCUCCCCGGAGGACGACAGCGAGCAGGAUUACAAGGAUCGGAGCGAGUCCGGGGCGACCUCCAGCGACGACAGCCGCUCCGUGACCCGCAGGAAGCGCUCGUUCCUAGGAGGCGACGACAGCUCCUCGUCCUCCAGCCCCGGGGAGGAGGACGACGAUGAGGAGGACGAUGGGGAAAACGACAGGAGCCAGCCUAAGAGGAUGGUGCAGCCCAGGAAGCGGAGCAGGUUGCAGCGGCAGGACGAGUCGGACUCGGACCAUGCGGAGGAGAAGCGGAGAGAGGAGGCCGAGAAGGCGAAGAGGAGACAGAGACACAACAAGCUGCUGGCCCUGUCCCGGAGGAUGAAGGCUCGGGUCCCGAGCCGGAGGAGGAGCCGCUUGAAGCAGGGUGAUGGUGAUGAGGAAGAGUCCAAAGAAGGUGAGGAUGAGGUCGGAGGUGAUAAAGAUGGGGACAGAGGAGAAAACAGCAGGAAGAAAGAGGCUGCAGGAGGUGACGAAGGAGACAGAGAGGAGGAGAAAGACAAGCAGGAGGACAAAGAGGAGCAGCAGGAGGAGGAGGAGGAGGAGGUGAAGAAAUAGAUCCACACAGUCAAGGAGAACAGAGGAGGACUAAGAAUGUGAAAAUCUAAAAACUUUAGCCAUCUGAAAGUGACUCAUUAAUGUACAUAUUCUUUUUUCUCCUUCAGAACUUAAAGGUGGAAAACUCUUGAGAACUGCCGUUACAAGUAUUUCAUAGUCAAAUCUUGUUUCUGUAGCAACCUAUGUUGUUGACAAGCGACAAAAAGGUGUCCAGAGGAUUUUGACAGCCUGGAUGAAGCGAUCCAACGUCACCUGUGAAGGAAGCCGAGCCUGAAAUAGUUCAGAGCUGCAGAUACAUAAUGAGAUUGAAGCGUGGCGCAUGGAUAUGUCACUCGAACCGAUUCAGUUCUGAUUUGCCGCUCUUCACACUAUGUCCAUUAUUGUGCCAGUAGAUCACCAGCGGCAUACGGACAGUCAGCAGUUCAUGAAGAUGAUGUCAGGGUUGCUGCAGCUUCAGCUGGAGCGGGAGGAUGGAAGAGCAGCUCAGUGACAUGUGAUAUUCUCCUGUUGAAACACUAAGUUGAGGAAAUUUGCCUUUACUGAUGGAGAGUCACAGUUAACAGACUGUGUCCAUAACAACUUAAAGACAGAAGUCCCAGAAAGCCUUGCUGUCAGAAACCUUCAGCUUCCUGUUCUGUUCCCGACAGCAGCAAUGAAGCGUUCCAAAUAAGAUGAAACUCUUCAUUUCACAGUUCUGGGUGGACUGUGGCUGCUAAGGCUUAUGGGUACUGUAGUAUUUAGAGACAUUCAGCAUACCUGACUGACAGAAUUCAGAUUCUUAAUUGUGGCACUUUCCUUCUUUUUCAUUUACUUUUUCGUUUGAAUAAGAGAUUAAAUCGAACUCGAUUCCUGCAAAGCAGAUUUUUUUUUUCUUAACUUCCUGUCUGACAGGCCCCUGUGUGAUGUCACCAGAGGAUUUAGACUGAAUGAAGUCAAACACUUGUACGUUUUCUUGUACAUUAGCUUUUUAUUGGUCACAGUUUAAAGGCAAGGUUUGCAGCAGUGUCUGUAUUUUUUGGUACGUUUGUCCAUCUCUUCUAUGACUUGUAAGUUCUCUCUGAUUUCACCAAAAUGAGCAACUGAUGUGACUGAGAGCUAAAACUACUAGAGUGUUUGUUUGACUUAAGCUAUCAUAAGCAAAGAUGGAGAGUUUUGGGAACUGUGUAUAGUAAAGAAAAUGAAUGAAUGAAGACCCAAGAUGUGGUUGAAAGGUCAAAGAACCAUAAAAAUAGCUGAAAGAAAAUCUUCUAAACAGUGAUCCCAGUCUGCAGUGUCCUGUUAAUACUGUGUGUUUAAAGAGACAUUCUGUGUUUUUAAGGGAGUUUGGAAAUACUCCGUGUUAACCAACCUCACAAAGCCAGGACAGAAUAUUUGGCAGUGAAAUGUUAUCUCAGCCGACAGGAAGGAUGAACAGGACAGUCUGAAUAAGAUUCAGACUGUAAAUCUUUUUUUCUGUUACGUUCGCAUACCAAAUCAGAGAUUUAGGACAUUUCUGUAAGAUGCUGAAAACUGGUUGCAGUCUUCUUUUUGCACUCGAAAAUUUUUAAAUUUAAUUUGGUCAAACAUUUUUGUAAAUGUUAACAUAUAAAUGUGAUGGGGGGGGAGGGGCCUUUUUUGUACUUGUACUAUUUAUUUCUUCCUUUCUAAAGGCUGUUACAGUGAUGCAUUCGUGUGCUAAUGUAUAAAUUGGGCAAACCAUUGUCCCUAAUCAAAUCAGAAGUUCUUUUAAAAUUUUCCCUUCAUUUCUUGUUUCCUUUCCUUUCUCUGUAAUGGUGUGUUUAAGGACACUCGUACCAAACCACAAAUAAGCUGCCGGCUGCAGCCACAGUUUUCAGUGUGUUUUCUGAACUUGCAGAGUGUUUAAGAGCCUUGUGGCUUUUCCUGCUUUUCGCUCAACUACUGGACUCGGUGUGUUAUACAGUAUCAUGAUGAUACACACACAAACACAUACGUCAUAGUUACAUAUCAGUGCUGUGUAUUGACUUGUUUUCCAGUGUAUUUCUGGUCUCUUGUUGCUGUAUAAUGCUCUUCAGACCAACCUGCCCUGUUGAAAACACGUUUAUUAAUAAAGUUUCUUUUUUUG